CAAACUCAUCAGUGGUAUGGCUGGAUCAACGGGCAGGCAGUCUUUUAAAGCCCUUUGGGCAUAGUUCCAAAUUGCCUACCAGAAUGUUUGGACCAAUUCACAACUCUACCAGCAAUGCAUUAGUGUCCUAAUGUAUCCCUAUUUUAUUAAGAGGGAAAAUGAUGCUUGUCCUAAUGGUCUGCCCACAAUUUUACAACUAAGAAGUGUCAGAGACAAGAUUUGAACCCAGUCUUCCUGCCUCCAGAUUUGAUUUGAACCUAGACCUUUCUGCUUCCAGGUCUAGAAUUCCUUUCCAAUUUCACAUGUUGCCUUUCACUCAGGGUAAGGUCCAUAUAAAGUAUAUGACUGCUGAAGAAAACAUUUAAGUUAUUUCAGUUGCAUAGCAUAGUUUCUGUCCUGGGAUUAAAACUGGUUGAGUUGCAUCAGAUUGCACUUUUAUUAAUAAAUAACUAAGCUUGAUCCGGCCAAAGGGCUUUGGCUUGUUCUCACUGCCCAGCUUCAUCCUUGAGUUCUUAAUCUGGUGGAGGACAAGGAACUAUUUAUUCUUUACUUCAGAUCCUUGGCUUCCACUUGCAACACUAUAGGGAAACAGCUUGUUUUUCUUCCUGGAGGAGCUGAGUCCCAGGGCCACGAGAAAGCACGCUCAGGAAAUAGGGGGCAACUUUGGGACUUAGGACAAUAUUGCCAGGUGAUUUGUGAACCAGAGGAAGAUGAAAGCUCGAGCUCCCCCUCCUCCUGGAAAGCCAGCUACGACUCCAAAUAUCCAUAGUGGUCAGAAAUCAAACAGAGACUUGGGAAUCCUCCCUCAGCAGAAUCUUGUCAACAUGAAAGAAAACCUGAGGAGCAGCAUGGUGGAUGUCAAUGUGGUUUUGCCCAAUGGAGUGGAAAUAAAGAGUGCUGUCAAUGGGAGUCAUGCCAUGAUGGAUCUGCUGGUUGAGCUAUGUCUCCAGAAUCACCUAAAUCCAGCCCACUAUACCCUGGAGCUCAGGUCUUUGGAGACCCAAAAACCUUUGAGUUUUAAGCCAAAUACUUCGAUUGGGACUCUUGAUGUUCACACCAUAUUCCUGAAGGAGAAAGUCCCUGAAGACAAAAACAAACCAGUUCGCCAGAAGGUGCCUGAGAAGUCUGUGCGGCUGGUAGUGAAUUACUUGCGGACGCAGAAGACCGUAGUACGAGUGAGCCCUGAUGUCCCACUGCAGAACAUUCUCCCAGUUAUUUGUGCAAAAUGUGAAGUCAGCCCUGAGCACGUCAUUCUCUUAAGGGAUAAUAUUGCUGGGGAGGAGCUGGAGCUUUCUAAGUCCCUGAAUGAAUUGGGGAUAAAGGAACUCUAUGCAUGGGACAACAAAAGAGUUCUUCUGACCAAAACUCAAUCUGAACCUUCUCUGGUCUAUCAAGAAACCUCUAGAAAAUCAUUGGGCAGUGAUGCUGUGGACAAAGAGAAGAAGAAAUUUCUGGGGUUUUUCAAAGUCAGUAAAAGAAGCAAUAAGGCUGAGCAGCAUGGGAUGCUAAGAGUGGAGAGUGAUGAGGAUAUUUUAAAGUCAACCACUGAAAAGAACUUUAAUGGCUGUUUAACAACUCCCAACUCCCCAUCUGUGAAUUCUCGUUCCCUUACAUUGGGUCCAUCCCUCUCCCUUAGCAACAUCUCUGGAGUAUCAUCAGUAAAGUCAGACAUGAAGAAGCGUAGAGCACCUCCUCCUCCAUCAGCAACACCAUCAGUAACGCCAUCAGCAACACCAUCAUUGCCAAGCACUGAGACAUUUGGUCAAGACAAGGUGUCAGAAAAGGUAUCACAAGCAUCACAGAACGAAUUACAGAAGAAAAAGAGACGUGCCCCAGCACCACCAACACCACCGCCGCCACCAUCAACUCCCCUCAUCCCAAACAGGACAGAUGAUAAGGAAGAGAAUAGGAAGAGCACAAUGGGUGUUGGACGGCAGGUGCCACAGAAGCCUCCUAGAGGCUCUCCUCGAGGUCCACCCCAGUUAGUGCUUCCCCCACCCCCACCCUACCCUCCUCCAGAUACAGAUAUUGUGGAUUCUCCAGGGUUUCACAGUGAAGCAGAUGGGACAGAAUCCUCAGAACUGGGAACCAAACUAAGCCUGCCACUCAUCCACAAUAGUAAUUGUUCCGUGGACGGAAUGAUCACUGAGCUAUCUGAGGUAGAAGAGACAGCAUCUGUAAGCAGCUGUUUUGCAUCUGAAGACACAACUACUGAAGACUCGGGAGUCAUGAGCUCUCCAUCAGACAUCAUUUCUCUGGAUUCACAAAACGAUAGUAUGAAGUCAAAAGAUAAAUGGGCUUUAGAUCAGGAAGAUGCUACUGACACAGACAUGACCUGUGCUGGAGAGCUCGGUCCCCCGAGGAGUGCUUCACGUGAGAGUGAUGACUCUGGGAUUACUCAUCUGAGAAAUAAAAAAGCAGUUACAGCAAAGGACGAUGAUGACAUCUUUAUUAAUGGACAGCUCCAGAAGACACUUGGAGAGUUUGAUGAAGAUCUUGAAGAAAUGGAAGAUGGUUAUGAAAGGGACACCAACUCUUUCAUGGACUCCACAAACGGUGUGUCCAACUCCCAUGGACAAGAAGUCAUAGUGUCUAAAGAUGAUGCUUACACAAUUCCAGUGACAUUUAUAGGGGAAGUCUUAGAUGAUCCUGUUGAUCUGGGAACUUUCAUCAAUAAAAACAAUAAUGCAGGUUCUUUUGAUACAGAAUAUGUGACUGGCAAAACAACCUACAUGACUGAGAGCCCCAUGUAUGACCAGUCCUACAAGGUAAAAGCCAACCAUGUGCUUGUGAAAAAGAGGGAAAAUAUGUUUGAAUCUUAUGUUACUUCAUCUGAAAUGAACAAAGAAAAGGACUUGGUACCAUCCAAGAACAGCAAAAGUGACCUAAAGGCCAAGGUGGCUUCUUCUACCCCUAAGCCUCCAAUAAGUGAGUUCUAUUCGAAAGAAAAUAACAAUCAGAGUCAUGAGUCAAAUGGCAUUGAAAGAUCACACCUGACUAAAAAAAUGAUUUCAGAACUGAUGAUGGAAAAGCAAACCAAUGAUAAAAAUGAUCACAUAGUGCCGUCAUCAUGGUAUUACCGAAGCCAAAACCCAGUAGGACCCAAAGCUGGCCUCACAACCUAUAAAAUUGUUCCUCCAAAAUCAGAGAUGAAAUGUUACGAUAGAGGAGUAUCCCUCUCAACUGGUGCCAUUAAGAUAGAUGAAUUAGGCAAUCUAAUUAGCCCACAUGUUGAUGGGAAGAAGAACACCUCAACACCCUCUGUUGGUGAAAUGGAGACACUUCCCAUUAGGAAAGUAAAGGAAUUCUGGAGGUCCAAUUCCAUAGAGAGACAUCCUGAGGGGCCUGUAGACUAUUCCUCUAAAAGAGCUGCAUCUACUCUGCCCUUAAAACAACACCAUAAGGAAACUAAACUUAAAGCAGAACCAGAGUUCUUAGACCCAAAACUAAAACUAUCACAACCAGCUGCCCUCAAAGUUGAUGAAAACAGCACUGAGCUGGACAGAAACAAGCCACCUACUACAUCAGUCACCAGCACAACUCAAGCAAAAGCACCAGUUGCCACACCAGCUAACCCUACAGGAGAAGGCCUCUCUUUCCUUAAACCUCAGAGAAGAACAUCCAGCCAAUACGUUGCCUCUGCAAUUGCAAAACGGAUGGAAACUCCUCGAGUCAACACUAGCUUCCUUGGCAAGAGUGAGAAAGAGCAGAGCAGAUGGGAAAGCCAGAACCUCAGACAAGAUUUGGCACCUCCUCUUGAAAAGGAGACCCUAUUAAAUAGCACACAUCUAACAACAAAAUCAGCUAAAAAUGAUCCCAAAAGGUCAUUCUCUGACUGUUGGGUUGGCCAUGGAAAACACUCAACUAAAACUACCAUUGGAGCAUCCUCUGGGAUGGAAAACAGAGAAGCAAAUACCAAGCCUCAUGCUCAGGACAGUUCUACAGAGAGCUACAAACACAGCAUUAGUAGACCACUUACCACAUCUUCCCCCAAAAUUGAUUAUUCUGUAGAAGAAGUUGGUGGUUACAAUGGAAAACAGAACAGCCACCAAAAGACCAGUUCUAUCUGGGACCCCAAAUGCAAGACAGAUAAUGCAAAUUCUUCUCUCUCUACAAGGUCACCCGGAUUCCAAACCUCCAGCAGCAUUGCUGUGAGCUCCACUAAAUGGCCCAGUGUCAACAACAGUGAUCAGAAUGCUUCGGGUGCAAACAACCAAGGCGUUUUGAAAAGGGAAGACAGAUCUGAUGCCUUAUCUGCCCAUGACAAUGAACUAGAGAACCCUCUACAGGCCACUGUAUUUGGGCCCAAAAAGAAAUUCAAGCCAGUUGUCCAGAAACCAGCACCCAAAGACACUUCAUUGCAUAGUGCUUUGAUGGAAGCCAUUCAGACAGCUGGAGGAAAGGAAAAACUCAGAAAGACUGCAGAACACAGCCCAGAGGGAAGUCUGAAGAAACCCUCAUACACGGAGCCUCAGAGCGAAAGGUCAGCCCUAUUAGCAGCAAUCAGAGGUCACAGUGCCAGCAGCCUGAAGAAGGUCUCAUCUUUAGCCGCAGGAGAACUUCAGAGCUUGCGAGAAGCAGCGCUCUCCAAACAAGCUGCAGCAGAAGUCCCUCCUCGAGAAGAGGAGCCUCCCAUUCCAGCCCCACCAGCAGUGCCGCCCCCGCCCCCUCUUGCUUCCAGAGCAUCUUCUGUGUCAAAGGUGACGUCCAGAUUCCCUGCAGCCUCCACGAGUGACCCUGUGGAUGCAAGGCAAGCUCUCCUGGAUGAUAUUCGUUCUGGACUGGGGGCCGCAAGAUUGAAAAAGGUCCCGUUGCUUGUUUGAAUAGCAUAUAAAGAACAGAUAAUUGCAAAAGCUAACCCCGUAACACACCCAUAAUCAUCAUUCAAGGACUUGGAGCGGCGAGGAACAUCACAAGUCGGUAUUACUUUCUUGUCUAUAGGCCAAAAUAUAUGUAGUUAAUUUUCAGCAUGUUCCUGUAUAAUGGUUCAAAGGGAAAAAAAUACUUUUGCUGCCCAGCCUGUGUGCCAAGGAAAUGUGUUUCUGCCUCUGAAUAUUUAAGGUUGCCAAUGAACUAUUCUUGUUGGCAGGUUAAUAAAAAUAUAAACAUUGUGUAGCCCAGCACUACAGCACUAACACUUAAUUAUCCAUUUGGGCAAAAUGGAAAGGUCUUUGUCCUCCACUGAUUACAGACAGCCGCCAAGCCUUUUUACCAUAUACAGCUGUUCAGAAAGCAUCUACUCACUUGAAAUCUGCAAGCAGGAGAUAAAAGGGUCAGUGACCAGUGAAACACAGAUGGAAAGUAAUACAGGACCUCUGUGUCCUGGAAGGCAUUUUAGAGGGGCGUUGUGACUUUUUCAAAGCUGAAAUUGUUUGAUUCUUGCCUCCACGUAGAUUGGGGAGCAUCAUCUCGUGGUGAUGCCUAGACCUGGAUCUGACCCACUGUUUUUCUUUAAACAAAUUCUCAUAAUCUCAUGAUAUUUAUCAAACGCUUUCAUGUUUGUAGGAUCCAUGCUGGGAGGCACUGGAAAGGUACUGAGGAUCAGAGCCUCAGAAUGACCAGGGAGCAAACAAUCUUUAGUAACCGUAGGUUAGGUUGUCUCUGAAGCUUGUCGCACGCACAUGGGGAUAUGAAGUAUAAGCAACAACUGCAGUGCUGUGUGCUGACCCCAAGAAACGUCCUUAGACCCGCUUGGUCUCCAGAGAGCACUAAGAAGAGGGAGAUCGUGUGUUUACAUGCCACAGAGAUUAAAUUGGUUUGGGAAAUGACUUGGAGAAUUUUGCUUCAUGGUUCAUGAUUGGGGACUCGGGCUUAGCCCUUCCAGCUUGCACUCCAGGAUCCUUGCCUUCCCCAUCCUUGUACUAUAAAUCUUCUCGUAGCAUCCUGUUUGUUGUCACCAGUAUUUAUAACAAAGUUUAACUAUUCUCGUAGUAUUCUGUACAUAUCCUUAAAGUAUUUUGUUAAAUUGAAAUAACUUUAAAAGAUAAAUAGCGAUCGUGUAGAUUUUCUUCCUGUUAUCUGUAUCAUCUUGGGGGGGGGGGGAGGAAAUAGAAAUGUCUGUUGUUGUUUUUUAAUGAUUAGUUCAGCUCUGGGCACCAUCCAAAAUGGAAACCUUGUUUUUCAUUGUUUAAACUUAAACCAGAGCUACACAAGUCACUAACUUUCCAAAAUGAGGAGAGCAUUCAGCCAAUUGCUUUUAUCUGCAACUGUCUGUAUUAUCUGACUGUUAGUGCCACAAAUAAAACAAAUUAAGUUGCUAUAA